GUGGCUCAGAAAGUAAUCUUCCACGUCACUAGGAAGUGGUGGAGGACCGAGGAGACGGCUCACCAGACGGAGCAACAGCAGUCUAUACAGCUGUAAAUAUCCAACACUGGAUAUCAUAAGAAACUUCGGAGGAUAACAGCUGUGCAGUCAGGUAUCAUCCAGUGAGCGACAAUCAAACCGAUUCUUCUAAGUGGUCUCCAGAACAGCAGCAAAAUGACGGCUGCAGAGAACGUUUGUUACACCCUGAUCAAUGUUACGUCUGAUUCAGAACCCCCGUCUGAAGUCAGCUUGAAAACUGAUCUCGAAAAAGGAGAGAUCAAGGCAAAGACUGAAGCUCUGAAGAAGGUCAUCAUCAUGAUCCUGAACGGGGAGAAGUUGCCAGGACUGCUGAUGACCAUCAUCCGCUUUGUGCUGCCGCUUCAAGACCACACCAUCAAAAAGCUGCUGCUGGUGUUCUGGGAGAUUGUUCCAAAAACAACCACCGAUGGCAAGCUACUUCAGGAGAUGAUCCUGGUCUGUGAUGCCUACAGGAAGGACCUGCAGCAUCCCAAUGAGUUCAUCCGUGGCUCCACUCUGCGUUUCCUGUGCAAACUGAAGGAGUCUGAGUUGCUUGAGCCUCUCAUGCCAGCUAUCCGAGCCUGCCUGGAGCACCGUCACAGUUACGUCCGCCGUAACGCCGUUCUGGCCAUUUACACCAUCUACAGGAACUUUGAACAUCUCAUCCCAGAUGCUCCAGAGUUGAUUCAUGAUUUCCUUGUAAAUGAGAAAGACGCCAGUUGUAAGAGAAAUGCCUUCAUGAUGCUGAUUCAUGCAGAUCAGGACCGCGCUCUGGAUUACCUCAGCACGUGUAUCGACCAAGUUCACACUUUCGGCGACAUCCUCCAGCUGGUCAUCGUGGAGCUGAUUUACAAGGUCUGCCACGCUAACCCAUCUGAGCGUGCCCGGUUUAUCCGUUGCAUCUACAACCUGCUGCAGUCCUCCAGUCCGGCUGUGAAGUACGAGGCUGCUGGUACUCUUGUUACCCUCUCCAGUGCUCCCACCGCCAUUAAGGCUGCCGCCCAGUGCUACAUUGAUUUGAUUAUCAAGGAGAGCGACAACAACGUCAAGCUGAUUGUUCUGGAUCGCCUGAUUGAACUGAAGGAGCACCCCACUCAUGAACGUGUACUCCAGGACCUUGUGAUGGACAUCCUGCGUGUUCUCAGCACUCCUGACCUGGAAGUAAGAAAGAAGACAUUGCAGCUGGCCCUGGACCUUGUUUCAUCUCGUAAUGUAGAGGAGUUGGUGAUAGUUUUGAAGAAAGAGGUGAUCAAGACGAACAACGUAACAGAACAUGAAGACACGGACAAGUACAGGCAGCUGUUGGUGCGCACUCUCCACUCGUGCAGUGUGCGCUUCCCUGACAUGGCGGCUAAUGUCAUACCUGUGCUGAUGGAGUUCCUAAGUGACACUAAUGAGGCCGCUGCUGCUGACGUGCUGGAGUUUGUUCGAGAGGCGAUUCAGAGAUUUGACAAUUUAAGACCGCUCGUCAUCGAGAAGAUGCUGGAAGUCUUUCACGCCAUCAAAACUGUCAAGAUCUACAGAGGAGCGUUGUGGAUCUUAGGUGAAUACUGCAGUACCAAGGAUGACAUCCAAAGUGUGAUGACAGAAGUACGGAGGUCCCUGGGAGAGAUCCCGAUUGUAGAAAAUGAAAUAAAGAGGGAGACAGGAGAGGUGAAACCGGAAGAUGAAGUGAGUGCGGCUCCAGCGCAGAAGCUGGUGACAGAGAUGGGUACCUAUGUCACGCAGAGUGCUCUCAGCUCCUCCCGACCCUCCAAGAAGGAGGAGGACAGACCUCCGCUCAGAGGCUUCCUGAUGGACGGAGACUUCUAUGUGGCAGCUUCCCUGGCCACCACGCUCACCAAAGUGGCCUUGCGUUAUGUUGCUAUCGUUCAAGAUAAGAAGAGACAAAAUUCUUUUGUUGCAGAGUCCAUGCUGAUCAUGGUCACCGUGCUGCACCUGGGCAAGUCCUCUCUGCCCAAGAAGCCAAUUACAGACGAUGAUGUGGACCGCAUCUCGCUGUGCCUCAAGGUGCUGUCAGAGUGCUCGCCACUUAUGAAUGACAUUUUUAACAAGGAGUGCCGCAAAUCCCUGUCACAUAUGCUGACCGUCAGACUGGAGGAGGAGAAGCUGUCACAGAAGAAAGAGUCUGAGAAACGUAACGUCACAGUGCAGGCAGACGACCCCAUCUCCUUCAUGCAGCUCACAGCCAAAAAUGAAAUGACAUCUAAGGAGGACCAGUUCCAGCUCAGUCUGCUUGCUGCUAUGGGCAACACUCAGAGGAAGGAGGCUGCUGAUCCCCUGGCUUCAAAACUCAACAAGGUGACCCAGCUGACGGGCUUCUCAGACCCGGUGUAUGCAGAAGCCUACGUUCACGUCAACCAGUAUGACAUAGUGCUGGAUGUGCUCGUUGUUAACCAAACAAGCGACACUCUUCAGAACUGCACUCUUGAGCUGGCUACUUUAGGUGAUCUCAAGUUGGUGGAGAAGCCUUCACCUCUCACGCUGGCUCCUCAUGAUUUUGCAAACAUUAAAGCAAAUGUCAAAGUGGCUUCGACUGAGAACGGCAUUAUAUUUGGCAACAUCGUCUACGAUGUGUCGGGAGCUGCUAGCGACAGGAACUGCGUCGUCCUCAGUGACAUCCACAUCGACAUCAUGGACUACAUUCAGCCGGCCUCCUGCACCGAUGCAGAGUUCAGACAGAUGUGGGCAGAAUUUGAAUGGGAAAACAAAGUGACGGUAAACACCAACAUCACUGAUCUGAACGAUUACCUCCAGCAUAUCCUCAAGUCCACCAACAUGAAGUGUCUGACUCCAGAAAAGGCUCUGUCUGGCUUCUGCGGCUUCAUGGCUGCCAACCUUUAUGCUCGUUCUAUCUUUGGAGAAGACGCCCUGGCUAAUGUCAGCAUUGAGAAGCCCAUCCACCUGGGGCCGGAUGCACCUGUCAAUGGACACAUACGCAUCAGAGCCAAAAGUCAGGGGAUGGCGCUGAGCCUCGGUGACAAAAUCAACCUAUCCCAAAAGAAGACAAACAUCUGAACCACCUGAUCCCUCUGACUUUGUAAAGUCGCCCGCUGUUUCUCUCGCAUCGCUCGUCAUCAUGCAAGCUUCCUCAUCACAGCAAAUUAAGAGCUCUAUACGUUCUGUGCAUUCUUUUUUUUUUUUUUUACGUCUCAUCUGUCUAAAAACUACAUCUCCAUAAUGUUUUUCUCUGUCCUGUUCAACUUUCAAUAAACAUAUGUAUUAAGAGAAUGAA